AUGGUGGUGCCUGGGAGAGACGGGCAGUUGAGUGACGCUGAUGCCUGGUCAUCGGGACGAGGCGAGCGUGCCCGGCUCUCGCGGCUCAGUUGUGUUGUUGGAGCUAUGGCAACAAGGCAACUGCUGAAGUGGCUCUAUAUAGCUGCGUUUGCGUCCAGUGCAUUUCUUGCAUUUCGUUUUAUCACUUCACAGAAUAAUGAGCAGGAAUAUUUGCCGAAAUAUGUUGCAGCUCGGAAUGCGAAGUUUCAGCUAUCAAAUAUGAACAGAAAUAAUUCAGCGGUGCCGGUAGAACCGGAUUUUUCGUUUGCUGAAGACCAGGCCAUCUCCACAGCUGUUUCCCGUCUUCAUGAUAUAAGCGAAAAUUCAAUACAGAUAUUCUAUUAUCCAUGGUAUGGAAAUCCUGAACAUGAUAAUGGGAAGUAUUAUCACUGGAAUCACAAAUAUCUUCCGCACUGGGAUCAAACUCUCGAGGAGCAGUAUCCAGCAGGACAUCCGUGGGAUGAUUUGAUCCCAUUGCUAUUGAAUAUCACGGAGGAGUAUCGGAUGAAACUGUCCUUUCAUAUGGAGCCUUAUGCAGGAAGAAAUGCAGAAUCUCUUUUUGCCAAUAUUAAAUAUAUAAUUGAUCAUUACGGCAGCCAUCCGGCUUUGUAUAGAAGACAGGGACUGAAGAAUGAUGGGAAAGAGCGGGAACUACCAUUAUUAUAUUUCUAUGAUUCAUAUCGCGUGCCUGUGGAUGAGUGGUCAAAAUUAACAACACCUACAGGAAUGUAUUCCGUACGCAACACCAAGUAUGAUGUAUUUUUUGUUGGUAGGUUUUCUCAUUUCGCAUUAGUAAUUCUCACACCUAAAAAACAACCCUGCCUAGAAAAAAGAAUUUGA